CUCUAAAAACUACGUAAGAUAUAAACAUACAUUAAGAUUAUUUCUUUAAUUUAAUGACCAGGUAGAGUAAAUCUAGCACUAGUUAUUAUAAAAAAAAAUGGACGGAAGAACUGCCGAGAUGCUACACACUAAAGGUGCAACAUUUGUUUUCUUGGGAGUACCAAAAGGUACAGUUUUUGGUAUUGACUUGAAAUGUUGGCGUACAGAUGAAGAAUUUCGCGGUAUAAGACUUAUACCGCCAGGAAUGCACUAUAUUUAUUAUGCAUCUGCAUCGGAAACAGAAAUAGACGACGUUUCUCAAAGAUCUGGAUUCUUUCAAUAUUUCAAUGAGAAUGAUAUCAUUGUUAAAAUGUGGGAUAAAAAAACAGAGGAUGUGAGUAAGGAAGUUGUCGAUGAACAUACUGUUGAGAGGAUUAGAGAAAAUCUGAAUAAUAUAGACAGGUACCUUGCCCCAUAUCCAUAUGAUAUUUGGUCUCGAUGGCACUGUCUCACUAGGCAAAUUUCAGAAGCUCUAGCUAAAAAGCUUUCCCCAGAACAAGGUAUAAUAAGGUCAGAAGAGUUUCAUUCUAUACCCGAUUCAGAAAGACCAAGAGGUAUAAAAAAAUCUAAAGAAUGUUCAGAAGAAGAAAAGCAGAAAACUAUGGAAAAUAAGGAAGAGCCAUCUCAAGGGUCAUCUGAACAUUUCAACAAAGGAGAAAGCUCUUCAAGUCCAAGACAUUCUGGUACUAGAAGAUUGAGUAGAAUGACUGAGAAAGAAAGGGAAGAUGCUAUGCUACCUAAUUUGAAGCCGGUUGAAGGCACAGUUAUGAGAUUUACCGAAAUACCAAAGAAUAAAUAUCCACCCGGCUCGUCACCAAUGGAAAUAACAAAGCACCAUCUGGACCAGUCUUACACUUUGGAGCUUAUGAUUGCCCAACAUGAUGAACCUCUUCAUAUCAUUGGCGAGUUACAAUUUGCAUACACAAUCUUUCUUAUUGGUCAUUACUGGAAUGGCUUUGACCACUGGCGGAAUCUUGUUGUAUUGCUAUGCUCAUGUGAAGAUGCCUUAGACAAAUAUAGAGAUGUUUUCAUACAUUUCAUCGCAACCAUUCAACACCAAAUGAAAGAGUUGCCUCUUGAAUUUCUAUGCGGAAUUGAAAUGGAACAGAAUGUUUUCUAUAAAAAGUUUCGUGAAUUUUUCCGGAACGUAUACAGUGCGAAAUCAAAUCAAAAAUUAGUAAUAAUGAUUGAGAAAUUUAAAAAAAGCUUAGCUGACUUAUUUCAAUGGGAGUUUCCAAACGAUGAUACCGAUGAUGAAGAUGAAAAGCCUGUUGUUGUAGAAAUGGAAGAAAUUAAUGAAUGAAUUGAAU